AUGACCGUACUUGGAUUUAGUAUACUAUCCCAAAAUGCAGGCCAAUCUGCUAACGCAAGCGAGCAAGAGACCAUCGUUCAAAUGCUUGUAAAUGAGCUCUCAUCUGAGCAGAUUAACAAAGACUAUUUUGGUGAUAAAAGCAAUGCCGUCCACCUUGCUGCAUUUCUGGGAAUGAAGUCCACUCUUGACCUGCUUAUCUCAAAGGGAGGUGACCUUGGACUACAAAACGGUUGCGGCCUCAACGCGUAUGACAUUUUGGAGGCUGUCAAGUUGGAUGAUCGCGAACUAGUAGAAUUGCUGAGACAACAACCUGGUGUAGACAGUCUCAAAAAAAGACUUGGAAAAGAUGCAGAAUCCUUUAGGAAUCAUAUCCCAUCUAUAACGCUGGCGAGGCCGCAUCACCUAAACAGACCAGAAAAGGAUGACAACAUUGGGCUCAAGGACCGUAGUCUUAGCAACGAACUGGUUGGUUCCAGGAUAUCUUUACUAAAUCCAAACGAUACAGCUGAACAGUAUUACAAUUUACUAUCCAAUAACAUUAAUGAUGAGGUAUUUAAUGACAGAAGGGCGAUAUCUGAAGCUAACAAGACCUUAGCCUUCACAAGUCAAUACCCUAUUGAUCAACAAGGACUGUUAAAGUUAUCUGAGGUUCAGGAUGACGAUGAUUUUGAUUACCUUAACGCGAUCGACCCAGAAGCCGUUGAGCCUUACCAAGACUUAACCUGCUAUCAACGAAUCAUCGUUCGGCGUCCCCUAAUGGAUGCACCCAAGCCAAUCCGGUCAGUUUUGAAGAAUCGCAACGAUCGACAACAAGGGCCUGAGCCUGUCCUGGAAGCCCAGAUCGCGGCAUACAAGGCUUAUGACGACUACAUCGCUAAAUUGCAGAUACAAACACACUGCCAUACACCACAAGUCAAUUCAAAUACAAAGGAAGCUUUAAAGAAUCAGACGGAUUCUGGAUUUGACGAUGGCCGGGUAUUAGCUCUGAAGAAGUCCAAAGCCGUCCAAUGGGAAUCGGUCAAGAAUGUCCGUAUCUUUCAGCGCCAUAUGGUUCCUGAGGCUGGCUCAGAGAUAGAAGAUGAAAAUGAGGAUGUUGACUCCAUAAUCUUAGACCAAUAUGAGCAGGUCAUAGAUUAUGAAGAGCCACCAAGUUCUUUGACUAAUCGAUUUAGCGGUACCCUGGGGUCUCCACCAAUAGAUUCCAGUCUUGAUGGAACUAUGAGCGGAUGCUUCCGUCAUCUUACCAUAGCCAGCAACUUGAAUGCUGGUUCUAUGGACAAGCCACUGCCAUUCCCUAAAUACAUUCCCCCUUUACCACUAACCCGUGCAACUGAUCAAGAAGCAAAGGACUUAAGUAUAACCCAUGCGAACCCCAAUCGGUCUCUCCCGCCACUGCCAUCAUCGCUGGAUAUCAAGAACAGUUUGAAUAGGGAGCUUGUGCCUGUACCAACUUCGCCUCUUGACAAGCUUAAGUCCUCAUUGAUCGCCUCCUCGAUGGGCGGCUUACAGUCAACGCCAAUGAUUGUUGUUGGCAGAUCAUCGCCAAUUAAGCGAAUUCCUUCUCCGCCUAUUUUGGAAUCACAAUCAUGGAUGACAAGACUUCUCAGAAACAGGAAUCAUAUGCUUGAUUCGACUUUUAAUAGCAAUGGUAGCAUCACUAAGCGCAUUCGACAAAAGUUACAACCGGGUUGCCGCAGUAAAGCUACUACACAGUCGCAAUUGGAGGCCGACAAGGCGACAAUGGACAAUGUGGCAAACCUGGCGGCGAGGCCUCCAUUGCCUCCGCGUCCUACACUUCGAUCAUCACAUUUGAUUCUAGAUAUUUCUACCCCCGUUCUCGCCCCUUCAGCAAAAGUUACUGCCAACAACUUCACAUUUCCUGGCCCAAAGCCAUUCACCAAGCAACUCAAGCCUCCUAUGCUCGCCCGUAGCCAUAGUGUAGGCCGGCCAGCACAUAAAGCAGGCGAUGAUGUAGAAGAUAGCGAAGGAAACAAAAAUCGAUUGUCACUAUCUGCUGUCAGCGGAGAGAGCUCGGUCACAUUAUUGCCCAUACCAAAGGCUGUAUCCAAGCAAUCAUCCCAAUGGAGGAGGCGCAAGGAGGUCGUGCUUGUAGUUUCAUCACAAGGCCUUUCACCAACACUAAUGUUAUCGAACACGGCAAAGGAUGCUGUUAAUACAUUGCCAGGCAAGGCUACUGAAAUAGGUUCAAAGGAAAUACUCAGUGGUCCAGCCCAAGGUCAGCUAGAGCCUUCGCAAGCGGAUUGCUCAGAAGCACAAGACGUAAUUCAAGUUCCCAAGUGUAUACUUGCAGCAUAUAUAUCGCUUGAUUGGAAGUAG